CGUUCCAUGUCGCCGCAGCGCUGUGCCGUUUCAGUGCGAGGCCUUAGCUCGCGUUCGGCCGGCGCGCGUGUACCUCCCUCGACUCUGACGACGACAAUAUCAUCAACGUCGACUUACGGAGUUGCGACUACGAUUUCGACUCCGACAGCGGCGGCAGUGGCGGUGGUGGCGUUGGCKUAWUAACAACCAGAUAGCAUUAUUUUUUUCACCCCCGUCGUCAUCGAGGAUACUGCACUUUCAUGUUGUAGUGGUCGCAAUCGUAUAAUAACUCGCAGCUAAAAAAGGCACCACAUUUGGUUUUAUUAAUGUUCACUGAACUAUAAUGUCCAUAUUACCACCCUCGCGUGGAAAAAUUGUAUUCGGACUGGGUAUAGCCUAUUUACUGGUGCAAUUUUUAUAUGUCGGCUAUUACAACGAAACUCGUCGCUUCGACAAUCUUAUAACAACGACAACACAAGAAUACUUCCCAUCGACUAACCCUGUGCCAAUAACUCACCUCAAUCUUUCCAGCAUUCAAACUAUGUUAUAUAAUAAUUUUCAAACUACAGAGAAAAAAGACAAAAAUCCUCUCAUGCCGUGUCCACAAAUUCCAUCUGCUUUAAAUGGAACAGUGCGUUUGCUUGUACCUGCCCAAGAUACGUUGGAAGAAGUGGCUCAGCAGUUAUCAUGGCUGAGAUUUUUAGAAGGCGGACACCAAAUGCCUUUAGACUGUCAAGCGAGAUAUAAAAUAGCAAUUAUAGUGCCUUAUAGAAACAGACUAGCCAAUCUCUGCUCGUUUCUUUUAAAUAUGCAUCCAUUUUUAACAAAACAACAGUUGGAUUACACUAUUUUUAUAAUAGAACAGCUCGACGAUGGACUGUUUAACCGGGCGAUGUUAAUGAACGUUGGGUUUACCGAAGCAUUAAAGUUACACGACUUUGACUGUUUCUUUUUCCAUGACGUAGACCUCAUACCAGAGAAUGACAGAAACAUAUACAGUUGUCCUGACCAACCAAGACACAUGUCAGUAGCUAUUGACAAGUUUAAUUACAGACUGCCAUACGUGGAUUUAUUCGGUGGAGUGAUAGGCAUGAGUCGAACGCAUUUCCAGCUGGUCAACGGAUUCAGUAACAUGUUCUGGGGAUGGGGCGGCGAAGACGACGACAUGGCGUCUCGAGUCAAGGCACACAAUUUAAACAUCACCAGAUACCAUCCAGACGUAGCACGUUACCAUAUGUUAACACAUGCCCAACAAAAGGCCAACCCAAAAAGGUACGAAAAGUUGUACAGCGGCCGGAAACGUUUCAAAACUGACGGACUUAACAACCUCGAGUACCAGGUAAAAGCAUUGAAACAACUGCCGCUGUUCACAUACUUGCUGGUUGACUUGACCAGUAGGCGCAGUUGAUGGACGAUGUUGAUGUGGUACUGGCCGUUCGGUCAGCAAGCCGCUUAAUAAAACAGUUUAUGCUCUCAUCUCUCUMUAUCUCUCUCGGACACACUCUCUCUUUCUUAUUCUCUCCUCUUUCACUCCUUCUCUUAUCUGAGAGAGUACCGAGGCAUAUUGUUAUUUUCAAUCGAUUUACAAUGUAAAGUACGAAUAGGUACUUAACGUACUAUUUAUAAAUUAUGUUAACAUUUGUUUUUUGUUUUUUAUAUUGUAUUAUAUUUAACUAUCAGGGUUAUCGUUCCCUGAUUUGGUGCUAAAUUAAAACACGUAUUGUUAUUUGCAUUCGCUGCACUUGAAUUAUAUACUAUAUGUGUAUAAAAUGGGAAAUUGUGUACCACCGAAUAGAUAUCGCUGRACUCGGAGGGAAAACCAAUAUCAGGGGUCCUUAUUACUAUGAUUAUUAUUAUCAGAAUCGUCCUUCGAUUCGCUGACAAUCGACUAGCGGCCAGUGACACCAUUAUAUAAUGCAAUGAAUUUACUUUUUAAUGAGAAAAAAAUACCAUUCCGCCAGACAAACACGGAACACUGCAACCGCGGCUAAACAGACGUUUGAAUAAAAUAUAGUUGGUAGGUAUACCAGUAYACCACAAAUAUAAGAUACACCGUUUCCGUUGGUUUAAGUAGUAUUUCGAAACGAUCUCAUCAUCGAUUAAUCACUGUUUGAAACUGCUAACUAAUUUUAUAAAAUUUGUUAACGUAAUUUAGUAGUUACCGUUGCAAUUUUUAGCAGUUACAAUGGCCUAUUAUAUGUUAGUUAGGAACGACCUGUUCACAUAUAACAUUAUUAGUUGUUUUUCAGGAUACUACCGGUCACCACUUUUUCACUCGUCACAUCAAACAUUUUAUAAUGAUCAUGUACAGAUUAUAGUAUAAUAUUGCAUUAUUACGUGGUUUAUAUUUAUUGUUAUAAACAUACUCUAACACUUAUAGAUAUGAGUAGAUAUUAUAGCAAUAAUAUUUGAUUUUUCAAAAAUAUUUUCUCUCAUUUCGUAUUGUAGAUAAUACACCAGCUAAUGAAUUACUGAACGUUAAACACCUAUUGUAUAUAAAACAUAACAUAUAGGGGUGAGGUUCAUUUUAAUUUCACUAAUCUAACUUUCAUGUAUUCACAACUAUACUUUUGACAUAUUUCAUGAUUUUGGGAUCAACGAAUAGGCAAUAAGUAUUAGGGUAGGCCUAUUUUUGGGUCAUAUGACUCUGUGAUAUUUAUUAAAUAUAAUUUAUUAUAAUACACACAUUCUCUAUCUUUUUAUUGGUUCAGAAACCGGGCAAUUUUAUCAUUGAAGGGCCCAUCGUAUCUGUUAUUUAAGAUAAAUGAGACUUGUAGCUUUAAAAUUCAUUAAUUUAAAAUAUAACUUAUUAAUAACUAUAAUAAUAUMAAWUAUAAAAUAUAUUAUGUACGUAUA